CAGCGAUUCUCUGAGAAGAUGUUGAGCCGAUUCAUGAGUGGCAGCAUCAGGAAUCUUGAGCGGGAAUACAGCUGCACCGUCAGACUGCUGGAUGAUACGGAAUAUACGUGCAACAUUCAGCGGGAUGCAAAGGGACAGUAUCUGUUUGACCUCAUCUGCCACCACCUCAACUUGCUGGAGAAAGACUAUUUUGGCAUCAGAUAUGUGGAUCCAGACAAGCAGCGGCACUGGUUGGACUGCUCAAAAUCAAUUGCAAAGCAAAUGAAAUGUCAGCCUCCAUUCACCAUGUGUCUGAGAGUCAAGUUCUACCCUCCUGAGCCCGCUUAUCUAAAGGAGGAAAUCACUCGAUAUCUUGUCUUCCUGCAAAUCAAGAGAGACCUCUACCAUGGUCGUCUCUUGUGUAAAACGUCGGACGCGGCCAUGCUGGCUGCACACAUCCUUCAAGCUGAAAUCGGAAAUUACGACCCCGGAAAGCAUCCUGAAGGUUACAGCUCCAAAUUCCAGUUCUUCCCUAAACAUUCGGAGAAACUGGAGCGCCGGAUUGCAGACAUACACAAGAGAGAGCUGAUUGGACAAACACCUGAAACAUCAGAGCGAAAUUUCCUCCAGAAAGCCCAGAUGCUGGAGACAUAUGGUGUUGAUCCACAUCCAUGCAAGGAUGUGUCUGGGAACCCUGCGUUCCUCGCCUUCACACCAUUUGGUUUUGUGGUGCUUCAGGGAAACAAGAGGGUUCAUUUUCUCAAAUGGAACGAGUUGACCAAACUGAAGUUUGAAGGCAAGACGUUCCACGUAUAUGCAAAUCAGAAGGAGGACAAAAAGAUCAUCUUGACGUACUUUGCACCCACACCGGAGGCAUGCAAGCACCUUUGGAAGUGCGGAGUGGAGAAUCAAGCUUUCUAUAAGCUUGAAAAGUCAAGUCAGGUUCGCACGGUGUCCAGCAGCAACCUGUUCUUCAAGGGCAGCCGUUUCCGUUUCAGUGGACGAGUGGCAAAAGAGGUGAUGGAGCAGAGUGCCAAAAUCAAACGCGAACCUCCAGAAAUACACAGGGCUGGCCUCGUGCCCAGCAGAAGUUGUCCAUCCAUCACUCAAGGGCCUCGUCUCACCAGUGUACCGCGCACGCGUCGGAGAGCUGUGCACAUAUCUAUUAUGGAGGGUCUGGAGUGUCUGCGUGACAGUGCUCACUCUACACCGGUGCGUUCAGUGUCCCACGGGGAAUGCUUCAUGCCACGCUCCCGGAGCCAAGCCACAGACGCCAGUGAGAGGACUGCGGUGAUCUCGGACGAGGCCUACAGCCCGUCUGACAGUGUCCUGCCCACCCCGGUAGCCGAGCACAGCACGGAGCUGGCCGUCUCGCGCCAGGUCAAUGGGGCGCCCUGCAGCAUUGAGGAGGAGAAGGAGUCAGAGGCAGGCACCCCCAUGCGCGGGGAAGUGGGUGAUUUUGGUGCGGACGGUAGAUCAACACAGGAGGGUGCAGGGGGAGACUCUGCCCUCAGCGAGGUAGAACAGGUGAAUAAAUUUGUCUUAAGUGUCCUCCGUUUGCUCCUUGUGACCAUUGGACUCCUCUUUGUCUUGCUCCUCCUCCUCAUCAUCCUCACCGAGUCAGACCUUGACAUUGCAUUUUUACGUGAUAUCCGCCAGACCCCCGAAUUUCAGCAGUUCCAUUACGAAUACUUUUGUCCCCUCAGGCGGUGGUUUGCCUGCAAGCUCCGCUGGGUGGGCGGGUUGCUCAUUAACAAGUGAGAGUGAGGUCGUAGAGGCCGUAGAGCUCGUAAGCCCGUUCGGGGGUCUGAGAUGACGGUUAGGACUCCGGAGUGAUGGAGGGCAGCCUUGUCCCAACAUGAACCCUGCCUCUCUCAUCAUCUUCCCGCAGACA